AUGGCUUCUUCACUUCUUUCGAGCUGCUUCCACUUCCUUCCACAUUUAUCUUUUCCAAAGAGUUCUCACACAAUGGAGAUGAUGCCAAGAAAUGGCUGGAGGAUAGUUACCUGGUGGCUUCUUACUCCAAUUUUGUAUCAACCCUAUCGGUGAGUUGAUAUGCCUCA